AGUUUUUUUUAUUUAUUAAGCAAUUUUUUUUUAAUGAAAUUUAAUUUGUUUUGCUGGCGUUUUGUUGUUUUGUAUCAAAUUUGUAUUUAUUGAAUUUAUUAUUUUUUUGUCAUCCCAAUUAGAAUGUACGCUGCGCAUACCGCCAAAAACAAUAUAUUAAAAAAGAAAUAUAUAUUAAAAAAUCUAUAUAAAUAAUUAGAACAAUUUUCAAAAAAAAAAAAAAAAAAUACUCUUUAUAAUAUAAAACGAUUAAAAAGUGUUGUUAACAAAAUGGAUCCUGAUUUAGAUAAUGAACAAAUUGUUUUGUGUGAAAAAAUCAUCAAUGAUAUUCAUACAGUAUUUCUCAAGGACACGGAAUUAUCCUCCUUUGAAAUCAUACCCACUGUUUUGAAUCGCAACAAAUCUCCCGUCAUUCAUGUUGAGCACAAUUUGGGUCUGGAAUCGUGGUGUGCUAAACAUGUUUACGAUCAUGCCCACAAAAUGCUUAUGAAUUACAAGAAACAAUCGCUUCAACGUUAUGUACAACAGAGUGAUGUAGUGCUAAAGUACCUGAAUGUUGCGUUACUCAUCAAUCCAGAUGUUACGGGCUUUUGGCAUAUGCGUCGUCAGCUAAUGCAAAAGAAUCGUCUGAAAAUGAAUAGAGAAUUGAAAUUUUCCGCUUUGGUCUUGAGUAAGAAACCAAAAUCGAAUGAAGCGUUUGCCUAUCGUCGUUGGUUGUUUUCAUUUCAGAGUGCUGAAUCUAUUGACUGGCAGCUGGAGAUAGGUAUCUGUGAACGUUGUGCCGAUCGCAGCUCUAGUAACUAUCAUGCCUGGUCUCAUCGUCAAUGGGUGCUGCAAAAUUCUCCCUCCAUUAUAAGAGCCGAAAUCAUGCGCACUGAGAAAUUCAUGCGUAAACAUAUUAGCGAUUAUAGCAGUUAUCAUUAUCGCCAAUUACUCAUAGCUCAAGCGUAUCAACUCAGUUACUAUGAUGCCGAAGAACUGCAGCAUUUGCAUGAUCUUAAAGAACUCAUAAACUACUAUCUAAUAGCUGAAGUCCAGUGUCCCUCUCAAAUAUUAGAUAUUAUGCUACCCGGCAUAGAUCGUUCAGCCAUUGGGGAGCAACGUCUUAAAGCUUUUCUCUACUGUUGUAAUCUAUCCGCUCAUGAUAUGCGUUUGUGUGAUGAUCAAAAGAAUAUGUAUGGUGAACGUGAAUCCUUUGAACUGCAUCGUCGUGCCUCACUUAAAUUUAUUGUAGAGCAAUGUGUUCGUUUAUUGAGUGGUGAUUGGGUGGGCAUGUAUUCGCCUCCCGCUACGCCGGAACAAAAACAACAAUUUAACUUGCAUUUACGUAAAUUUGAUUAUAAUUCUUAUGAAUUUCUAUUGGCUCUUAAGAAAUCGGAAAGUCUAUUGGGUCCCAAGCAUCGUAAAUGGUGUUCUCUGUUUUUGGGUUUCGAUUAUGAAUCGGGUGCUGCUUAGAGCUUAUGCAACCAUCUUAAAGAAAAUCUCUUUAAUUUACUCAAUUAGUUAAAUCUUUUCUUUUUGUUUUCUUAGUUAAUGUUUUACUUUCUGUUAGCUUUAACUUCAAAAUUUGUUUGCAUUUAUUUAAAAAAAAGUUAAUAAUUUAUAAAAAACAUUUAAACUUUACACUCUUUAUCAAAGAAAAUGUUAUUAACAAAAGUUUAAAACAUAAAAAUAGUAACUCUCAAGUUUAUCCAUCUAAAAGAUACAAGUCACAAAUGAAAUAAAUAAGAUUUAUGAAAAAAAAAUAAGAUAAAAAACAAUAGGGAACACCUUAGACUAGAAUAUAGGCCAGACUACUCUAUAGUCCAGACAAUAGACAAUUCUAUAGUGCAGGCUCUAGACAAUUAUAAAGUCAAAACUAUAGAACAGACUAUAGAAUAGACAGAAGUCAAGACUAUUAAAUAGUUCAAACUAAAGACUAUUCUAUUGUGCAGAUUUAGGCUAUUCUAUAGUCCAGCCUAUAGACUAUUCUAUAGUCCAGACUAUAGUCUACAAUACAGUUCAGACUAUAGGCUAUUCUAUAGUCUAAUCUUUACUCUAGACAAGCUAUAGAAUAGACAGUAGUCAAGACUAUUAAAUAGUUCAAACUAAAGACUAUUCUAUUGUCCAGAUUUAGUCUUUUCUAUAGUCCAGCCUAUAGACUUUUCUAUAGUCCAGACUAUAGUCUAGUUUAUACUCUAGACCAUAUCUUCUCCUAUAGCCUAGUCUGUAGUUUUAUCUUAUAAAAGUUUCUUCUCUUUUGUUUUCUCCCUUUAAAACCCACAACAAUACAUACAAGUGCAUUAUUAAUUUUAAGUUUAUUAUUUUUUUAUUUUUAUUAAAUAUUUUUUAAAAUAAUAUAUGUAAUUGAAAAAAACAAAUUAAACUCAACAAAACCCAAGUAUAUUUAUAAUCAAAAACUAACCAAACAACAACAAUACUCUUAUUCUUACACUUUCUUUUUCUUAUUCUCCUAAAAGAACACUUUCUUUUUUCCACUCCUUCUCUCUCUCUUCCUUUAGAGUAGAUUUUUAGUUAACAAUUUAAUCGAAAAGUUAAAACUAGUAAAAGAAAUUGUUAAAAAAAUAUAUAAAUAAAAUAUAUUAAUAAAAUAGCUUAAAAACACAAGCAUUUAUUAGUUAAAGGAAAAUGAACAAAAGUUUAUAAAAUAUUUAAAGAAACUAUUAUAAAGAAAAGUGUAUAAGAAAAAAAUAAAAUUAUUAAAAAAUAUAUGAAACAA